AUGGUUAUCUCCCAACCAGCCACGCCAGAGCGUGGCGCUAGGGCUCAGCCUCACCAGCAGUACCCGGAUAGCUUCAACUUCAGAGCUUGUCAACAGCUCCUGAAAACAGGCCCUCCGGUAACUCUGCAGCCAUUUCAACCCAGCAGCAGCCCAACCCGCAAUCUUACAGCAGACAACAGGGACAGAGGACAUCGCCGCAAUAGACGCCUGGACACGGGCACCCAAGAUAGCACAACCAACAGGUUUGCAGCCCUCGCAGAAGAGGAUGACGCCACAGAAACGCCUACCCCUGUUUUUGACCUGGAAGCUGAGACCGAAGAAUUCAUCAAGACGCAGAAGGAGAGACUUGACAUACGCGCUAAGGUCCUCAGAACCUACGCAGAAGCAAUCACAGCCUGCACGCGAAAAUUCACCACGGGUUACGGACUACACAUUGCCAAUGAGUUUCAAAGCACCCUCUUGCGACAUUGGAACCAAUUUGUACGCGCAGAAGAACCGCUCAUACCGGGAAAUACGAACACACACGCUCCAAGCUCACUCACAGGGACAACCAAACCUACGCCGCCAGCGCCGGCCGCCAGAGAAAACACCAGAGCCGACAAGUCGGUCAGCUUCGCCAACAUCGCGAAAAAUGCCUCACGCCAGGCACCCGGGGAUGUGCACGUGCACGUGCACCCACACCGCCGCCAGAACACAACUAUUGCGGACCGCACCGAUCGCAGGGUCCUUCUCCGCUUGAAGAGUGGCUCCUCUUUCUUCGAGAAGGGCCUACAGAUUCGCCUCGCACUAAAGGACAAGCUUGCUAUAGCAUCCCAGGACAUCCAAGACAUCAAGCCAACAAAUACAGGAUGGGCAAUUGUGGCCCGGAACGAGAAAAUUCAGCAGCUUAUCCUUGAGAAGCAGAACGAAUGGGGCCCGUGCAUCGACCUAGAUAUUGCAGAGAAACAAGUCCCAUGGCACACCUACUUGAUCAAGAACUUCCCUAAGACUCUCCACUCUUGGGACGGCACCCUUCUGGAUUUCGAGGCAACGAUUGAAGAAGAGAUCGAAGCCCAAACAGGGCAAAAGCCAGAACGAUGGCAUGUCUCACAAAAGCCUAAUAAUGAGGAUCCGACCAAAGCAACACUGGUCAUCUCAUUCCUUAAGCCGCUGAACAGCAAUUUUCGGCUACUCGGACAGGGAAGCUACUCCUUUAAACUUACCAAACCGAAGAAAUUGUCUCAGUGCACCCACUGCUGGAACUUCCACCCGCCAACUCGCUGCAUAGCUACAAAAGUCUGUGUGCGCUGUGGCGUCAAAGAUGACGUGCACAGCGCAGACAGCUGCGACAAUACGAUAAAAUGCGCAAACUGCUAUGGCGCACAUGAAGCCAAUUACGAGAACUGCUACGCUCGCCCACAGAAACUUCGCGACAACUUCCAGAAACUCUCAAAGACUCAGCUUAUCUACGCCCGACGACUAGGCCAGGAAGACUUCAAACGAAAGAACAGUACACAGCAAACUAACCUUAACAGCGACCAACUCCCACCAGCUGUGGAACAGGGUGAGGAAUGCGCCUGCCCUCUACAGGAUGCCGAGAUGAGCGGCACAGAGCCAAUCCAGACAAACCAGGUAAAUAUUGCAGAUCACGAAGGUAAAGGAGCGGAUAUCCCGGGAGAGAGGGAAAAAGAAAAGGACGACGAAGAAACAGAGGAAGAAGCAUCAGAGGAGGAGGAAGCAGAGGAAGACGAACAAGAAGAGGAAGAGAUUGAAGAGGCACUACCGCCGCCAGCACGGUUGUACCCAACAGGAGCCAACACAAAACACGAUCCUCGCGUCAUUCCCAAACACCACUUCUAUAUGACCGGAAAGGGUGCGUCGCAAACAGCUACCAAGCAGAAUCCUACGACCAAUGCCAGCACUACCAAGAACCCGUACCUCACCAUCAAAAAGCAGUUUCGACCUCAACCUCGAACCGAUGACAUCGAACCGCCCAGCGAAGCCACCUCCCAGGAAAUCAUUGAAGUACGCACGCCUAGGCAGACCUCAGCCACGCACUCACCCCCUAGCAGCCCCCCACUAGCUGCCAGAGGGCGAGACCAGUCACCGAGCAAAAUACGACGCAUUACCACACGCGGGCGUAAAUGA